CUCUGUGAAAGACAGUAUGGAUAGUACCACUGGCCUUGGGCUGGAAACGUUGUAGCUAAUAGCAUCGACUCAGACACUCCUAAAAUAUAGGAAAGACAUUGUAAAUAUUUUGUCUUUAAAAUGAAACUAACCCGAAAAUUAGUGCUUGCCAGGGCAAAAGCUUCGGACCUUGACAGCGUUAAGAAACUCAAUUGCUGGGGUUGCGACCUGACAGAUAUCUCAAUAUUCACAGAAAUGCCCAAUAUUGAGGUUUUGACACUAAGUGCAAAUCAGAUCAGUUCCCUGGAGCACGUGAGCCACUGCCAGAGUCUGACGGAGCUGUAUCUGCGGAGGAACUGCAUCCAGAACCUGAGUGAGCUCAGCCAUCUCAGGCACCUGACCCAGCUGCGGGUGCUGUGGCUGGCAGAGAACCCCUGCUGCGGCUCUGACCCGUCCAAAUACAGAAUGACCGUACUGCGCAACCUACCGGGCCUGCACAAGCUAGACAAUCAAUUGGUGACGGAAGAGGAGCUGACCCAGGCUGUAGAAGAGGGUGAGGAGAUUGGCAAUCCCCCAGCUCCAGUCCCCGUCUCUGCUAAUGGUCUGACAGAGACAGACACUGAGAAUGACGCCCUCAACUUCAGCAUGGAGGAGACAAAUAAAAUUCGAGGACAGCUGGGAAUGAAACUUUUACCAAGAGAUAAAUUUCCAUCAUUUUCCACUCCACCAACUUUGGGUAAAAAGGGCCACGUACUGGAGGCAGUCUUGCUCCUCUUGAAGGAGCUGAACUCCGAGGAGCUCCAGCUCGUCCAGAAGACGGCAGAGUCUCGACAGCGUGCCCUGCUCAGACACAGCAACCCGCCUGAGAGGGGCGAUGUCGUCCAGCAGUGUGACUGAGGCCAGCAGGCCAGGAGGGGGCAGCACUUGCUUUCAACAGCGAGACACACUGUCGUGAGAGUGACCAACCACAUCCAUUCUUACCAUAGAAGAAGCUACCAUUCCCCCUCCUGUGCUUAUGCUGGAAUUAACAUGUGGGACCGAUUCAAAUCUGACACGACAUGGACCUUUCCAGAACUUUCAAAUUUUUUGCUUGUGAUAUGAGGCGGCAUUAUGGUGACUGGUGUCGUGGUGGUUUUUCUUGCUCAGAGCAGGGAUGGACAGACACUGAACUGAAGGCUGGUGGAGUUCUCUUCCUCGGAGCCGUGACCGAUUUCUUUGUACACCUCCGUCCCAUCGUUGUGAUAAUGCUGGCUUGCUUUUGUCUUAAUCACGCUGUUUGGUAGCCUGUGCUAUCACAAACCACACAAUUGCCUUGCUUAGCUUGAGUAUACACUGGAGUACAGUAUACAGUGUCAACAAUAAUUCUACAUUUUAUAUAAACACUAUUCAAACUAUUUAGCGGAAGCACUUUAGUUGAAGCAGUAUUGCUAUACUAAUUUCAACACAAACACAAUUUUGUUGACCAAUAAACUUUAACAAACUCUUAACUUAUGCUUUAGAACUUUAGUCAGGUUACUUGUGUGAAAAGUCAAAUGCUUGGCAGCUAUACAUUUGCUUUCAAAAUUGUUGCAUAAAUAUUAAUGUAUAUUUUCUGUAUCCAAAUAAACAGAAAAGCACAAAA